AUUGACUCAAGCAUUUAGCGACACAUAAACAACAUAUAAAGGUUUGGCCGUUCAACGCUUGCGCGACACGAUUAGCUUAUCAGGGUUUCAGCCAUUAUAAACACAUCAUCUUGUAUAGCAUAAGCACGCCUUAAAGGCGCCACAGCGCCAGCAGCGACUCAACGCGUUCCGCACGCAGAGUCGGUGCAAUGCCAGCUGGAAAUGCCCAGUCCGGAAACGCGGACCAGGACAGCAGACCCGGACCAGGCAAUGUCGGCCGCAAGUCGCUCGGCACGAAGUCAUUAGGCGCCAAGUCGCUCCACAAGACUUCGGUGCUGGAUAAGGCGUCAAUCAUUUCUCUCGCCAAACGGACGCACACGCAGCAGCCGCAGGAGUCCGACGAGCUGCCCUGGCAUGCAAUCCAGACGGGAGAGGAGGUUGCGGCGGAACUGGGAACAUCCGCGGAGAAUGGCCUUUCGACUGCUGAGGCGGAGCGACGGCUCCAGGACUUCGGUCCCAACAAGUUGACAGAAGUUGAGAAGCAGGGCUUUUGGCGGCGGCUGUGGAACCAAGUGAACAACAUGAUCAUUGGCCUGCUGUUCGCGGCGGCAAUUGUGGAGGGAGCGCUGGAGAGCUGGGCCGAGUUUGGCCUCAUUCUGGGAGUCAUCAUCAUCAACACUGCGCUAGGUCUAAUCCAAGAGGGUCGCGCCGAAAAGGCCGCUGACGCCAUCAAGGCCCUGCUGUCCCCCAACGCCACGGUGCUCCGUGACGGUCAGGCGGCGGUGCUGCCCGCUGAGUCGCUGGUGCCGGGCGAUGUGGUGCUGCUCAAGAGCGGAGAUAAGGUGCCUGCGGAUGUACGGCUGCUUACCGCGGUGAACCUGCAGGUCCAGGAGGCCAUGCUCACAGGCGAGUCCGUGCCCGUGUCCAAGGUGCUGCACCCCGCACCGGCGCAAGCAGGACUGGGAGACCGCAAGUGCAUGUGCUUCAGUGCCACCAAUGUGGUGUCGGGCCAGGGCCGGGGCGUGGUGGUGGCCACAGGCGACAGCGCAGAGAUCGGACAAAUCAACAAGAUGGUCGGCACGGUCGAGUCCGCCCGCAACAACCUGGUCCACCAGCUCGAGGUGCUGGGGCGCUGGCUGGUGCUGCUGGUGCUGGCGAUUGGACUGGUGGCGUUCCUGCUGGCGCUGCUGCACGCCGACCAGGGCUUCAAGGAGGCGUUCGAGUCUGCGGUCUCCAUUGCGGUGGCCAUCGUGCCCGAGGGACUGCCAGCCGUGGUCACUAUCGUGCUGGCCAUCGGCACCACAGUCAUGGCUCGCAACAACGCCAUCAUCCGGCAGCUGCCAGCCGUGGAGACGCUGGGUAGCCUGAACGUCAUUUGCUCUGAUAAGACUGGCACGCUGACUAAGAACGAGAUGACGGUGGUGGCGCUGCGCACGGCCGCGACCGAGUACACCGUUAGUGGCGUGGGCUACGAGCCGGUCGGGGAGUUCGCCAUGCUUGUGCCUGACGCUGCUGCCACGGACAAGGGAGCCGCCAUCGCAAACGGCAGCGGCACCCGCAGCCAGCCCCUGGACGGCGCCCAGCGGACCGCCCUGCAGCAGCUGCUUAAGGGCACGGUGCUGUGCAACGACUCAUCCCUGGUCAAGGAGGGCCCGGGGGAGGUGGCCAUUUCCAUCGGCGACGACGGAGCCGCGGCGGACGUGGCGGGUGCAGCAGACAAGGGCGAGAAGGACAAGGGCGGCGGCAAGGGCGUGCGCUACAGCCCCCUGGGAGCGCCCACGGAGGUGGCACUGCUGACGGCGGCUGAGAAGGCCGGCCUGCCGCCCGCGGCGGAGCUGAAGGCGGCCGUGCCGCGUGUGGGCACCGUGCCGUUUGAGAGUGAGCACAAGUUCAUGGCGACGGUGCACCGGGAGCAGGCGGAGGGCGGCGGCAGCGAACUGAUCAUGUAUGUCAAGGGCGCACCGGACCGACUGCUGCCGCUGUGCAACAGCCAGGUUGUUGACAACGACCUGAGCCGCACCGCCGCUCUGGACCCGGGCUUUUGGAAGGCGCAGCAGGCGGCGCUCAGCAGCAGGGGACUGCGAGUGCUGGCGCUGUGCAGGACCGUGCUCCCGGAAGACACCGACCUCUCCGUCCUUUCGCCUGCCUGGCUGCUGUCUGGUGGCGUGAAUCCGGAGGCCGCGGCGGCAGCUGCGGCUGAGGGCAAGCGGCCGCCGGCACCUGCCGCGAAGCUGCAGCUGUCAAUGGUGCUGCUGGUGGCUAUCCUGGACCCGCCGCGCGAGGAGGCAGUGCGGGCGGUGGGUGUGGCGCACAAGGCCGGCAUCACCGUCAAGAUGAUCACAGGCGACCACGCGCUCACGGCGGUCGCCAUCGGUCGAAUGCUGGGAAUCGUGCCGGCAGAUGACGAGGCGCCUGCCCGCACCGCCCUUGCUACAGCCGCCGGGGCGCGCCGGCCCGCUGCUGCCGUGCCUGUGAUCACGGGUCCGCAGGUGGACGCCAUGGACGACGCGGGGUUGCAGGCGGUGGUGAUGGGCUGCAACGUGUUCGCGCGCGCCUCCCCCGAGAACAAGCUGCGUAUCGUCAAGGCGCUGCAGGCUCUGGGCCAGACGGCGGCGAUGACGGGCGAUGGUGUGAACGACGCGCCCGCGCUCAAGGCUGCGGACGUGGGAGUAGCCAUGGGCAUCACCGGCACAGACGUGUCCAAGGAGGCUGCCAAGAUGGUUUUGGCGGAUGACAACUUCGCCACCAUUGUUGCGGCAGUGCGCGAGGGCCGCCGCGUGUGGGACAACAUCCGAAAGAUCCUCGUCUUCAACCUGCCCGUCAACCUGGCGCAGGGUUUCAGUGUGCUGUACUCGUACAUCCUGGGCUUCAAGGACGUGCCGCUCACGGCGCUGCAGGUGCUGCUGGUGAACCUGAUUACGUCGGUGACUCUGGGCCUGGCGCUGGCCGCGGAGCCGCCCGAGCCCGACAUCAUGGAGCGACAGCCGCGCCGCCGCGGCAAGAGGCUGGUGGGCAAGCUGCUCCUUUGGCGCAUGUUCUUCGUGUGUCACGUCGUGGUUGCGCUGGUGCUAGGGCUCUUCUACUGGGCCGGCCGCGGCAGCGACACGCCGGGCGGCGGCUACCCGCUGAAGCAGCAGCGCGCCGAGGCCUUCAACACGCUGGUGGGGGCGCAGGUCGCCUACUUCGUCAGCUGCAGGUUCCUCAAGCUGUCCUCCUUCCACCCGCGUGUGUUCUUCGGCAACCCCAUCGCCUACGUGUCCAUCAGCAUUGUGGCGGCACUCAUGGUGUUUGUGACGUACGUGCCGGGCGUGAACGGCUUUUUCCACAUGAGCGGAAUGGACGGCAUCCAGUGGGCGCGUGUGGUGGUCGCCACCUUUGUCGUGUACGUGAUCGUGGAGGUGGAGAAGGCGCUUGUGGACCCGCUCUUCAUGCCCAUCCUGCGCCCCGUGCUGGCAUGGCUCGAGGACCACACGCCCGACUUCCUGUCCGUGCGCACCAGCCUCCAGGCCGGCAGCAAGAAGCUCAAGUCCGCGUGCUCCGGCUGCGCUGGCGGCGCCAGCGGCGGCGCGGAUGGGGACGCGGCGCCGGCGGCUCGCGCGCUACCGAAACGCGGCAUUCAGCGGCGCGGCAGUGCCAGAGGGAAGCAGCCAGCUGCUGCCGCUACCACUGCGCCGGCGCCGGGUCUGGGGGCGUCGUCGGCUGCGCUUUCCGUCGUGUCGGAAGUGGACGGACACGUGAGGCUGGGGGUGCGCGAGGCGGCGGCGCCUGCGGGUGUCGGUGCGGGCGGCGGCGCUGGAGACGUCGAGAUGGGUCGGCCGCAGCCAUGAACAGACAGCUCAUGUGACGGCGGUGCGGCUGUUGUGGUAGCGGCAGGAGCAGGAGAACAGGCGACACAGGAAGCUGAAGGAGCUGACAGCAAGUCAGGAGGUACAGCGCGUGCCUGGCUGGCUGGCAGCAGGGUGUGUGAGGAAGAAUGAGAGCGAGCGGACGCGCGGAAGGCUUGAGUCUUGAGGCCAGUGCGAUGCAAAGAGUGGCGCCGCACGGCAGCUAUCAGACACACGGAUGCUGGGGCGGGCCUUCAGGCUCCCGGCAGCAGGAUAUUGUUGAAUACUUAUGUAUGAAGCUUUGCUGCCCAUAGAAAGCCCUGGUUGCUUGACGGGACAGUCAUCAAGCAGGUUGCAGCAGACCGCGGCAUUGGGCUUUGGGAGUGGCUGUGAACUCGGCGUUGGUAACGGCCUGGCUCCUGCGGCACAGCAGUCCUGCCCUCACAUGCAUUUAUGAAGCUUACAUGGCUAAUACUUUCAUGGUGGAAUUAUGGCGGUACGCGGCAGAACGGCAUAGAAUGACACUGGCAUGCAUGUGCAGCAGCCGCUGUCCUGUUGUGGCGAUGGACGUUAGUUGUUAUGCCAUGAUGAAUGGAAACCUUCAUAGGCGGUAAUAACUUGUUGAAUAUUUGUUGGCGUUGCAUACGGUAGGCGCGCACAUAGCUUCAAGCGGCGGUUCGAAGGCCGUGCGUGAGGGCACAGUCCUACGGCUACUAGGCGGCGGCGAGAGGGUGCACAGCCGCCCGAAGCAUAUUACGGCACUUCCGUAGUACGGAUUGGCACAUGAUUUGUGUACUGCUAUACGGUAGUGCACUAUGGCGGGGCGAUAACGGCUGCCUAGAUGAACCUAUGAAUCAAUGCGCACAUGGCAGCCUGAGGGCCCACACACUGCGCCACGCCGCGCAUUACGAUCUUGAUGGCUCUCAUGUAUCUCGUGCAUGUGCCUUGCUUGGAUGAGUACGCGGCUGGUUCUCUCGCGCAGUAGGAUUGGUAGUGCGCAUGCCGCUUGAAACCUAUGAACAUUGUGAUGGUGUGUGUGUCGUGUUGAGCAACGCGCAAGAAGUGCUUUUAAUAAGUUGCAUGGAAGGCCCUUUCAAGGAAGGCGUUGUGCCAAAGAGCAGAUCAGCAGAGGCCAGCUGGCCGGCAAGCACGAGCUUGCACGUAGGGCUUGUGCAUUUGUGUGCUGGAGAGGACAAGCAUGUGCGAGGACUGAGGAGUCACGUUGACAUUCGUACAAGGCGGCAAGGCCCCGUCUGCGGCGCAAUAAAGCUUGUAAGACCAACUUCUAACUCGGGAUGCGCGCGCCUGUAUACUUCUUGGCACGCAGAGGGACUCGGUGUGCGGACCUGUGACACAUUUGUGACUUGCUGGUGAGGACUGUGACACGCUUGGAGAAGGAGGGCGCCGGCGUGCGUAAAGAUCCGCAUGGAUGCUGAGUGCAAGGCUGAGAGGGCUGAUGGGGGCGCUGCCAUUGCUCUUUCUGAGUCAUUUCCCAGACGGGUGUGGGGACGGUGGGGCUGGAGCAGUGGAGUAUGGGGAUGGCUGCGAGCGAGGCUGCCGCUCCCUCUUGACAUCCAGUGCACCGCUAACGUCGGUACAGUAUCUCCGGCGUUGAACCAGCUGCGCACUCCUGCCCUGCCGUUGCAGAUUGUUUGCCAUCUUCUGGGGUCUGGGAAUCAAUCCCAUGGG